AUUAUAAAUAUUUUAACUCUUAGAUUUUUCUUUUACUUUUAUAAAAGAAACUAUUUGAUGGAUGAAUCUAACGUUUAAAUCUAUGUCCUAAUGUUCACAUUUCAGAUCAAAACAAACAAAAUGUCAAUAGGAUAUUCCCUAAAAGUCCUCGGGGGCCUUGAGAAUUGUUUGUUGUCUUCAUCUGUCAGAUACGGAACGUGUAUUUUUUUUGUUGUAGGUGUUACGCAUCGAUUUCUCCCAAAAGUUGUCAAAUAUUUUGUAUUUUAACCAGAUAAAAUAUCAUAUUUAGAAGUUUUACAAAUGUGAUUAUUUUAUUUUUUUUUAAAUUGGAUGUCUUGAUCUUUUUUUUCUUGUUAAUUUGUAAUCGUUUAAUUUAUAUUUAUAAGGAUUUUUUUUAAAUCCAAUAUCAUAUUUAGAGUUUAGGAGAAAAAAAUAAAAUACAAAAUAUCUGAAAGGCAACUUUGGCGCAUUUCUUCCUCCGUCUUCUAACGCGUCUCCGGCUCCGUAGCAUCUCUUCCUCCUCCUCCUCCCUCCCUCCUUAGGUCCUUCCUCCCUCCCUCCCUCCUCUCUCUCUCGCGGAAUCCUAUUGAUCCAAACGGGCUAAUUAGCGGUGUCUGCGCAAUUACGCACAUGCGCACUGCGCGUAAUCUCAGCCAUUUUUUGAAGGAAACUAAUUAGUAGGAAUAAAGAGCCAAGUGUUUUUCCUCCCACAGUGAUCAGAACUCAUUCUACCUCUGGAGCUCGCACAAACCCCUCCGUCCCCAUCUUCUGUUUACUACGGCCUAUAUGUAGCUUUAAUUACACAGUUGUUUUCCAACAACUUGGACCCCACUGCUCCCUCUCUCCAUUUUUUCCCUACUCCUGGCUCCACGAAACGCUGAGGAUCAUUCAUAAGGAAUGAGCGGACUCUUUGCGCGAUUCUUUUCUGGACUUAUUCACUUUCAGCCUGCGGAGCUUUACACCGGAGUCGCUGCAGAAAUGUGGGCAGGUGAUGUCUGGCAGCUGUAGCCUCCGGUAUGGACAGCAGUGAUGGAGGAGGAGGAGGGGAUGGAGGGGGAGCGGAGGAGAGAGAUGCCGACCUCAGUCUCCAGGCUUUAUCUCUUCCUCUCCUGACCCUGGCGGUUAGUCCUGAGCAGGGGUCGCCCUCUCAUACCUCAGUCAUGGCCCCCACCAAAGAGCCCGUGACCCUGCCUCCGCAGGGGGAGAAGGGCAUAGAGGGGUCCCAGGCUGGAGAAGGAGAGGAGCAGAAAGGAGGAGGCCACCUUUCCCAGGAGAGCGGAGCACGUUUAAAGGAUGGGAUACAGGAAGACUUUGGGGAGGGAUGUUUGUUGGGGCAAGUUAAAGAGGACAAGGAGGUGCGUGACAGUGUGGGAGAGGCGUCAGUUACAGGGGGCCUCCAAGAAACCCUCAACUGUAGAGGUGGAGAGGAGGAGAAGGAAGAGGAGGAGGCCAUCUCAAACCAAAGCCAAACCAAAUCCAAAUGUUCUUUAUUACCUCAACAGAGCCAGCACAGCUCUUCUUCCAGCACUGCGAAGGCCAGUGGCACACUCGACAGCAAAACAGCCGCCUCUCCAAAGUCCUCCCACACUCCUCCCUCCCCUAAGUCCUUCCCCUUUUCUCCCAUCUCUCCAAAGUACUUCAGUUGUCCAUCCUCCUCCUCAGCACUGCUGAACGAGACAGAGGUAAAAGACAUUAAGGGAGAUCAGGGCUGGAUUUCUGGGUUUCCUCAGAGCUUUAGAUCCCAGCAGUCUUCUCUGGCUUUUCCUCUGGUGGGCAUGGAGCCUGCCAGUAAACCUGCUGAGGAUGACGUGCUACCAGGGGUUCCUCACUCUUCCGUUUCCAAUGGAAAUGGUGCCAAAGCUCCAGAACCAAAUGACAGCCAGCUAGACACAGAGGUGGACGAUAAAAAAGACAAAGAAGACCAGAAAGACGCUGUCCUGAAAAACCUCAGCCAAGACUUCUCCUCCAAUUCGGUCACUAGUCACAUGACCAUGAUGCACUCCCGCAACUCCUGCAAGACUCUGAAAUGCCCCAAGUGUAACUGGCACUAUAAGUCUCUUCAUACCCUGCAAGUCCAUAUGAAGGAGAAGCAUCCUGAAACGGGAGGGCAGUGUGUGUGCGGUGCCUCUGGGGGAAAGUGUGUAUGUGGUGGUGCGACACGAGAUGUGUGUGGGUACUGCAGCUCGGGGAAAGCCCAUCCUCGAUUGGCUCGGGGUGAAACAUACGCCUGUGGCUACAAGCCCUACCGAUGUGAGGUGUGCGAUUAUGCCACCUCCUCGAAAGGCAACCUCAGCAUACACAUGCAGUCAGAUAAACACCUUAACAAUGUUCAAAACGGGGGAAGCGCAAAUGGCCACGUGAAUACCUCGCACGCUGCCAACAACAGCAGCUCCUCCAACAAUUCUUCAGUUGACGAGCAGCCAUACAAUAAGCUCCCACUCUCUAUUCCAACGCACAUGACGCAGCCCGUCAAGCUCACACCACCUGCACACUCCCACUCUCACGGUAAAAGGUGGCGGUGUGAUGUGUGCGACUAUGAGACCAGUAUUGCCCGCAACCUCCGCAUACACACUACCAGCGAGAAGCACACGCACAACAUGCUACGACUACAGAGAGGCUAUUAUUUGUCUCACUGCAGGACUCUUGCCCCACAUCUCAAACACCUACAAAACACAGGUCCAGAGCUUUCUUUGAACAUGCGACUGACUGGGCAGCAAGUCAACGAUCAACCGGUCACCCUUGGGUCAACACUGACUCCAUCUCCCUCCCCUUCGCCGUCUCCCCCUCCAGCUCCAUCUCUGUCCCCUACUGGAUCCCUCUCCCAGAGCGUGUUCCAGUGCCUUGUCUGCUCCUGCUUUUCAUCUGACAGCUUAGAGUCUGUGGAGCAGCAUCUGAAUGCACCCCGCUCCCUGCCGCAGUCUGAGUGGUGCUCUCUCAUCGCUGGUGGCUGCCACUGCAGACUGUGUGGCUACACCACCCCGUUGAGAGCUAAUUUCUCCUUGCAUUGCCAGACUGAUAGACACCGCACCCGCUACCAGCUUGCCGCCCACCUUCAGGAGGGAGGGGACCGGGGUCAAGAAGGGGCGGCUCUCAUUGCAAAGGGCAACCCCGUCCAAUUGAGGUGCAACCUGUGUGACUACGUGAGCAGCAGUUUGGAGAAGCUAAGGUUGCAUUCCCUCAGUUCACACCAUGAGGCGAGCGUCCGGGUUUACAGAGUAAGAACCAACCUCAGUUUUUUUCCACACUUACUAAACUUUUGUCCAACCAUUAUUUAUACCUCCUAUCUUUCUUUUUUUUUUUUACUCAAGUUCCUGCAGCAGUAUGACGGUGAAGUUGAUGGAGGUUCGUGGCUGUUCCAUUGCCUUCUAUGCAACCACUCCUCCUCUUCUAAGCUUCAAGUACUCAAACACAGCCAAACGUCAGCCCAUCAGCAGCGGGAAGGGCUACUGCAGCUGCAGCCAAUGGGGGGAGAGGAACUGGCAGCCAUUUUUACCAUCAGAAAAAGCUCCAGUGGCGUCACAGGAGAGGUCAAUGAGAGUAUGGAAACUUCCAUAGAAACCAGCACUGAUCCUUUGGAGACAACCAAAGACAAAACUCAUUUGGGGGCACAAAACAUUUCUCAGAAUACAGAAAAAACAAGGAUAGAAGAGAGAGAAAAGCGGGAGUCUGCUCCCUCAGUCAAGCGCCCAUCCUCAGGAUGCGGAGAAGCGGAGAAUACCAUUUUAACCAAACGCCCCAGAACACACCAGCAAAACGAGAACCAGCAGACUGUCCAGUGCCCUUUGUGCCAAGUUCGACUUCUACACACACACCUCCGACAGCAUCUGACUCAUGUGCACAGCGUGGCACAGGACUGUGUGGAUAAGCUCAUCAGUGUGGUCACUCCACUGGAGGAGCAAACACAGCUUGAGCCAGAGAAGGAACCACAAGCAGACGUCCUUACUGAGGAUACUCAGAAAAACAACCCAACAAAGAAUAAAAGUGCAAGCUGUUUGCAUACUGAGGAUUCCUCAGCUGCACUUGUUUCUGAUAAAAACAAAGUUAAUAACACUGAAGAAGAUGUAGUCGUACCCAAAGACGUUCCUGCUCUACUCACCCCACCCUUAGAAGACAACACCACCCACCCCUCCAAUGGUACACUGGCUCCGCAGUCCCCAACUCAAACACCCCCCUCUUCCCCGCCCGUCUCUCCACCCAAUGACCCCCCUCCCCUCUCUGAUCGCCAUGGUUACCGGUUUCGUUGCAGCAGGUGCAGUUUGGCAUUCCCUACCCAGGAAAAGCUUCAGCUGCACUGGCAGUACCACGCCAUGAGGGCGGCGACAGAGUGCCCUCUAUGUUCCAGACAAUGCCGCAGUCAGGAGGCCCUGCAGAGACACAUGCAGAACAUUCACUCACAGCAGGAUGACACAAAGGGACUAAAUACUCUCUUGUCAUCUCAAACUGUGCAAUACAUGGAUCAUAGUAAGAAUUCAGGUCAGCAAGAUUUCAGUUUAUCACCUCAAGUGGGUCAAGAAGCAGGAGAAGGUGAUGAUGAAGAUAUAGAUGAAGAUGUAUUAGGCACAGAAGAGAGAGAAGACCAAAAGGAAGAAAAAAUGAAGGAAAAGGAAAUGGUGUCUCAAGUUGAUUGUGGCGAGAGGGAUUUACCUGGACCAGAACAGGGACCACAUGAGGAGACUGCAUUGGAACCAAGUUCCAACACACUUUUCAAAAAGAGCUCCAACCCAACAAUGGACCGUUUUUUAGAUCCGUCUAGGCCUUAUAAAUGCACAGUAUGUUCUGAAUCCUUUACCCAGAAAACCAUACUUCUUGUUCACUAUAAUUCUGUAUCCCAUCUCCACCGGGCCAGACGAGCCCUGCAAGACUCUGGCACAAGUGCAGCGGUUCCGGAAGCACCACGUGGUCCGGAUCCUAGACCCUAUCGUUGCCGACUAUGUGGAGUGGGCUACAGCCAGAGUUCAACUUUAGAUAUACAUCUUCGCUCUGUGCUUCAUCAGACUAGAGCGCGUGCUGCGCAGAACUUAGCUCCACAGUCUUCAGCAUCUUCAGCUCCAGCACUAGUGCCCACUACUUCAGCACAGGCAGCCACUACCAGAGAGGAAACACCCAAGAGUUUACCUGGUGUAACCAGUGUAAAGAAACCAGAUGGUGCACGUUCAUCAACUACCCAGACUCCUCUAAAUCUGCCUGAGCAGAUAGACAGCCAACAGGCUAAAAAGAGAGUAGCAGAGCUUCUAGCAUCAAGGAACCAGCUAAUGCUGAUACAGCAGCAGCAGAUAGCCCAGGCUCAAGUCCAGGCACACUUACAACAACAGACAGCACUGCUACAGUCCCAAGCGUUACAACAUUUUCCUUUAGGGCCGGAAAAUCGCCUUAAACAGCCUUUCUCCUUGCUGUCAGACAACUCACUCUCUCUGCAGCAGCAACUUCUUUUGCCAUUUUUUUUGUCAGGAGACGGACUACUCAACUCAGAAUUGUCUGUCUUGAGCCCAGAACUUGGCAAUCUGUUAUCUUUAAACUCCAUUCCUAAAGAACAUGUUAAGGCUGAUCCUAAAAGAGAGUCUGAAGGAGACCAGAAACCAACCCCAAAACAAAGUUCAAGUCAAGUUGUAAAUCAAACUGCUGAUCAAUGUCAUAGGGAAGCAAAGUUUGGUUCGGAUUGCAGUGGGCACCCCAACAAGCAGAUGGAAGUAGAUAACAGUAGUUCUGCUGGGGAAGAAGAAAAAGAAACCAAACAUGUCCAAACUGUUAAAAAUGAAAGCAUGAAAGAAGAAACUGUUCCUGCCUCAUCAAAUUCGCCUGGUUCACAAUGUCCUCCUCCAAGAGUGCCCUACGCAGCUACAAAUGGGGAACCCCUUAAAGCUCUGCUUCAGAGUUAUGGCUAUGAGUUAGCCAUGCAAUACAUACAAAGUCGACACAGACAUCAACAACAAAUGGUAACUCAAAUAAUAGAUGCUGCUACUUUGAGUAAAUUUGAAUUGUGCCCAGAGAAGGAAGAAUAUGAGACUUGUGAACUGAAAAAUGAAAAUGUAAGAGAGUAUUACAACAAUGAAAGGCAAAUAGAAAGCAAAGGUGAUACUGAGGAAAAUGAGCAAAGCAAAGAUGAGCCACCUUCAGAGACAGAGAAAAAGUGCUGUGAGGCAGGGGAAAAGUGCAGAGACUGUGGCAAGUUUUUCUCUGAUGUUUUGAUUUUAAAAAGUCACCAAGAAUAUAUUCAUAGGUUGAUGUUUCCAUCUGCAGCACUGGAAAGGUUUUCUAUGGAAUAUAGGCUCCAGUAUGACCAAAUGUACCCCCUUGGCCGACCUAAUUCUGAUGAAAAUGUAACUGUGUGUACACAAGCUGUAGCUCCGACCCCGGCUACAUGGACAGAACCAGAACCUGCUACAGUAUCAGUAAAGCCUCAAGUGAAAACCUCUGAAUCGUCUUCUACAUUGCCACUUUCUGAUACCACUACCAAGACAAGUGCUGCAUCUAAAGAUACGACAACAACUGCCCCUGCAGCUGCAUCUCCACCAUCCCCAUCUCAACCACAAGACCUUCAAAAACAGGAAGAUCCAUUCCCAGGGACAUCAACCACAACUACUUCUCAAAAUGCAACUCCUAUACUUCUUCCCUUGCCUAAAAUACCCAUGCUCCCUCUUUCUAUGCCUCAACUUUCAAUUCCUCCACUAACCUUACCAAAACUUCCACUUCCACCUAUUCCUUUUCCCAUGGAUCUACCACUCCUUCCUCCAGUUGUGAUGCAGUCCAUGGCUCUUCAGACUCAACCAUGGUUGGAUUCAAAUUUAAACCCAGAACUGGCAAAGCUCUACCAGUCUCAGCUUAACCAAGCACUACUUGGGCCUCAACCACAGCUCAGUACAGCUUUGCUUGCUCAGCAACCUCAGCACAGCCCAGGAUUGUUAAAUCAACCUGCACAGCUUAGUCCUGCUAUACUGAGUCAACCAUCUCAGCCAAGCCCAAUCCCAGCUGGUCAUCAAAGCCAAGCCAGCCCAACAACACCUGAACAACAGCAGGGUAAGCGAACAAGAACACGGAUAUCUGAAGAGCAGGUUUCUAUUUUAAGAAAACACUUUGACAUAAACAGCCUUCCUAGUGAUGAAGAGAUCAACAAAAUGUCAAUUCUCUCAAGUCUCCCUCACAAAGUAAUCAAACAUUGGUUUCGCAAUACCCUAUUUAAAGAGCGCCAGCGAGACAAGGAUUCCCCAUAUAACUUUAAUAAUCCCCCAACCACUCCUCUGGAGGAUGCUAGAGAGGAUGUAAUGCAAAACCAGCAUCUGACACUUUCUCCAUGCUCACUGUCCCCAGGAAUUUCAGCCAACAACUCCCCACAACCACAGACAACUGACCUGCUUAAAGGAGAACCCCAAAGGGGAAGGCGAUCUUCCAGAACCCGUUUCACAGAACAACAGCUGGAAACUCUACAAGGGGUGUUUGAGGCAACGCCCUACCCCAGAGAGGAGGAAUACGACAGACUCUCUGCUUUGCUGUCUUUACCUAACAGAGUUAUUGUUGUAUGGUUCCAAAAUGCGAGGCAGAGAGCCCGUAAAAACCAAGACCGGGGACCUGAUGAAGGAUUUGAGGGGAAAAACCAUCUUAACAACAUCCCAAGACAGAAAAGUGGCUUUUCCAGGAAUGAAGAGGAUAAUCCGGAGAAUACCUAUGAUGAUGGAGGACAGCAUGACUCUCAGAAUGAAAAUUCAAUGGAUUUAACCUAUGAGUAUUACUCUCACCCUGAUUCACCUGCUCUUGAUUCUGCUACUCAAUGCACAGAAGGUGAGAAUUUAACAGCUAAAGAUGAACAAACAGCUGAUAAAUUGAAUCAGGAAGAUAAAAUUACUUCUCAUGCUCAGAUUAGCCCACCUUUAGUCCCAACUCAAACAAAUAUUUUAGACACCGAUAUUCAACAGAAAGAUGUUGCACAGUCUGUGAAAACUGAAACAUGUUCAACCCCUGAUCCUAAAUUGCCAUCAGAAAGUCCUGCAGAACCAUCUCAACCAUGUUCUCCUCCUUCGACACAAAAGACUACAAACUCCAUCUUGUCUGUUUCUCAUUCAGACCAGAAUACACCCAAUGGUCCUUUUGAGCGCACUCUUGAAAAUGCUACUAAUUCAUCAGUUUCAUCCAACCUUCCAUCAGCUCCAGCAUCUGAAACCAUACAGACGCGGCUGUCUGAUGCCGUGGCUUGUCAUUCAACGGAAACCCAGUCACAUCUCCAAGCCCACACUCAAUUCCAGUGUAAUCUGUGCCCAAUGUCCUUGCCUUCAUUUCAGCUGUGGCAAGAACAUCAGACUAGGCACCUUCUGGCAGCGCAGUCCCAGGUACAACUUCUCCACUCUGGAUUCACUGAUCGAACAAUGCCUUACAUGAUGCUUCACCCCAACCACACCUUAAUGGCAAGUCAAAUACUGUCAGGCUCUAUGUCCCAAAUGCAUCCUAAUCCCACACAUCCUAUGGUUUCACAUUUGAACAACAUUCAGAUUAAAAAUACAUUAUCGGAUCAGUCGAAUAACACCUUCAACAGUUCAAUGGCACCUAUAAAGCAAAGUACAAAACCUAUGUCGGAGACCAGUUUUGAAGGCCAAAGGGCCAGUAGGGAGUUUGAAGAAGAGCACAGGAGGGAUAAACGGCAGAGAACUACAAUUACUCCAGAACAACUUGAAGUCCUAUACCAGCGUUACAGUUUGGACUCUAAUCCCACAAGAGGAGUCCUUGAAAGCAUUGCACGUGAUGUUGGCCUCACUCGACGAGUUGUUCAGGUUUGGUUUCAAAAUACAAGAGCAAGAGAAAGAAAAGGACAGUUCAGGUCAGUGGGACCAGGAUCUAGUUUCACGUUGGGCUUGAACCAUCUACGCUGCCCAUUCUGCAGGGCUCUCUUCAAGGUGAAGAGUGCUCUUGAUGCACACAUGAGAUCCCGCCACUGGGCAGAAGCUGAAAAGGCAGGCUACAACCUAUCAUCAGAUUUUGGAUCUGGUGGGCACACUGGGAUGGCUAUAACAUCUGCCAUGGAGAGACCCAGCUCUUCGGUCUCCUCCAUUCUUAACCCAAACCGGGGCUGCGACAUUGGCAACAAAGAGCUGACUCUGAAGCCACUUGUGACUUCUUUGUCUUCAUUAAGAAAUUUAAGCAACCCGGAAGAUGACGAUGACUUUGAAGAAGAUGAUGAGGAGUACCUAUGUGAGGAGACUAACAGUGUAGCUGACCAAGGUUCUCCUAAUCCUGAAGGAUCUGGGGUUCAAAGCUCAGAUGAGACACCAACUCAGCAUCACCAUCACCAUCAGCAUCAGCGCCAAAGGACACAGAUGAGCCACCUCCAGGUACUUCAGCUCAAAAACUUCUACAGGAACCACCGCACACCAAACCGCCUUGAGUGUGAGACACUGGGUCGGGAGCUGGGAUUGCCUCACCGUGUAGUUCAGGUAUGGUUUCAGAAUGCCAGAGCUAAGGAGAAAAGAGCCAGAAGUUUGAGCUCCGACUCUGCAGAGAGGGAGCAGGCUGAGUUGUCUGCAGGGGCAGGGGAGAGAGACAGAGCUUAGAAAGGCAGACAUUUGCCUUGAAAUGUUUUCUGACCAAAAUCACCCUGCAGCUGAAGUCCACCUCCACAUGUACCCUAUCUGCCUGCUGCCAAACCAUUAACCUGAACACCCCAAAGAUCUAGAGCCGCAGGGCCCCAAAGAGAAGCCUUCUCAACUAGUAGGAGAGAGUCCAAACUGUGUCCUCUUUUCCACAGAUUUCCUCUUUUUCAUAUUAUUCCUGAGCCUUUUUUUUCAAGCCUGCCCUUUUGUGUUCAAACAAGCGCCUCCCUCUAUUCCAUCAUCUUCCUUUUACUUAACGCCCUCCUGAUGAAAACCAACCAGAUGCCACAGAGGCCAAAGAGCAUUCUCCAAGUAUGUGACCUCACUGCCCAGCUAGACCUGCAGUCUACCUCUAAGUCUGCCUGACAGACUCACAGUGGGCCCUCCACCAGACAGUGCUAGAUGACUAGCUGUGUAGCAUGUAGUACCAGUCUGUACGAGGCUGGCAAAGAUAUUGUCAAAGAAAUUUUAGUGUAAAUACAGAGCUCCAAAAAAACACUUGAAAGAAAACAAAGCAGUUAGUGGUGUAAUGAGAAAAAGAAAAAGAAGACCCUUGCAAUACACAGGGGUGUUUGCAUAGAGCUUUUUGUAAAGACUAACUCAGAUUCCAAAGCUCAUAACCAAAAUUUUACAUGUCUGUGGAUUUAGUUUGAACCUUUGCUUUCGAUGAAAAAAGAAAAAAAAUUGCAGAGUUGACUUUUGUACGGUGAAGGUGUGGGAUCUGCAGCUGGCAUCAGUAAGCAGAGUACCAAUAGACUGAAGCGGUGCUACAUUGCAGCCUCACCUUUCCCAAGCCAAUGAUGAGUCUUCUGUUGUACAUGUAAGGUCCUUUAGUGAAUAACAGCCCAAAUAGCACAGUUCAUAAAAGGUCAGUUUGUCCUGAAAGGGGCAAACUAUUUUUAUAGCACUCAACCAUAAUACUGUAUAUGAAAACUUUAACCAAACCCAAAUUGACAUUGUGUGUGUUUAGUAAUAGUUUUUUUUAAUAUAAAUCUUAUGGAUUGAAACAAACUGUCUUGCUUCAAUAUAAUAGUGUCAUGAUGGUUGAAAAGAUUAUGACAGCUUUCCUAUGUUCAGGCAAGGUGUCUUAACUGCCUUUGCAUUCUAUUUGAAUAUACCAAUGGCUUACCAAUAUUAUGUGAUUAAUGUAAAGCUUUCUAUGCUCAGGUUAACAGCUCAACAUGGCCCCAUUCCAAAUGUGAUCAGAAUUCUGUAUUCGUCUGUUUUUAAAGCAGAAGAAGCCUGGUUAAAACGUGAACCAAGAAUUGCAUGAUGUCUACAAAAGUAUCUGUCUUUCAAAGAUCUGAGCUUUUCAACUCCGAGUAAUAGAUUGUUACUUAAAAAAACAUAUUAAAACAAAAGUGUUUAAUAGUGUGAGUGGUAAAUGUACAGUAUUUAGAUUUUGUAUGGUUGACUCGAGACUUCAUUGGAUGUUUGAAACGCGACUCCCUUUUCCACAUACAGGGAGGUUCUCAGCAAAGUUGAAAAACUUUGGAUAUUACUGCUGUUAUUUUUGUACGCCUAAUUUAUUUUUCCCUUUCCCUACCCGUCUUAGUUUAUAUUUUCCUACACCUUCCUUCUCUGUUCAUUUACAACCAGUUCUUACUCUACCUGUAAUAAUGAUAAUAUAACAAUAAUAGCUAAACAAUAAUUAAUGCUUUAAGACAAAAAUCCAAAGACCUAAUAAUACUUUAACCGUAUGACCUACAAAAAUAAGCGCUACUGUUUACUUGACGACAUAUUGCUGUUUUUAAAGAACAAAGGAGUCCCAAGCUACUGUUUUCUGCCUCUCAUAAGCACACUGGAGACUGUAACCAAAACCCCAAACUAGAGCCAUGGCAGUCUGUAAUAUAGCGGUUAAAGAGUUUUACUUCUCUUGAGAAAUGUUGCAGUUUAUUUUUUUUUAUACCAUAGUGUUGAACUUCAGCCCUUAAGGAUGUCCAGUUUGCUGCUAAUGUACUGUAGUUUCUAACAAUAUGUAGAAAGAUGCAUGCUCUGAUUGCUUUACCACUAGGCUUUAAUGACUACAAACUGUAAUGAUACCUGUGAUGCUGUUCAUGAACUGCUCCACUAUUAUUCUGUUAAAGUAAUGGAUAUGUGGGGGCUUUUAUUUCUAACUAGUUUGUUUUUCAUUGUCCUUUUAUUUUCCCUGCUCGAAUGAAGGAAAUGGCCUUCCAAAUAACAUAUUUUUUCAAGCUUCCAGUUUCAUAGAAACCUCUCUUGGACAUAAGCGUCUUAAUGUCUAUGGAAAUAUUCAAUAUGUGAACGAGUUAAGGCCCAUGCCUUCCAACGUUAGUGUCUUUCUUUUUGCAAUGUCUAUAGCCUAUGGUCCAGCGGAAACAACUUUGCUGAACAUCAUAGCCGACUUUCCAAAGGAAUACGGAAUGAAAAACUGUCUUGUUUUGUUCUAAAACCAACCAAUGUUUACGUCAAUACCAAUGAGCUUUCUUUUGUACAGAAAUGUGCAGUCCAAAUACCACAAAGGCAGUUUUGUAAACCAAUAAUUUCAAUUUAAUUUAUCUCUUUUUCUCUUAAACUUAGUGACUGUAAGAUGUACAUAUUGGAGUCCUCUAUGGUAAAGAGACUCUUAUCCUUACUGUAGUUAAAACUGUUUUUUUUUUCUUUUCUUUUCUGGAUAUGUUGUUGCCAUAGUGAUGACCAAAAAGAUACCUGUGAUGUGCACCUGUCCUUAUGUCCUGCUCCAGUGGUUUUCUGUGUCUCUUAACUUUCCCUAACUCAAGCCUCCUUUAAUGGUAUGUGUUUCUCCUCCUACCCACUCCUCCCCCCCAUACUCCACUGAGCUAAAUAAAGUCUGCUUUGGUGCA